AUGAUGAGAACAUUAGCUUCCCUGGCAUUGCUUGCCGUAGGAGCGACAGCCCAGGUUAUUGAAAGCUCGAGCUUUGGCGCUGGUCAAACGUUAUCACCAAACCGAAACUCUAUCCCCGGUUGGGCAAUUGGAGGAGAGGGCCAUGAACCGCAAGUUCUAUCAAACAAGGUCAUCUUAACGCCACCGUACCCUGGAAACACACGGGGGUCAGCUUGGGCACAAAGUCCUGUUUCUCAGUCGGAAUGGUCAGCAGAGUUCCAGUUCCGAGCAAGCGGACCAGAACGAGCGGGUGGAAUCUUGCAGUUAUGGUAUACCAAGGACGGCGAGUCCCGUAUUGGUACCUCCAGCAUCUAUACUGUCGGCCAGUUCGACGGCUUGGCUCUGGUGAUUGAUACGCAUGGUGGAAGAGGCGGCAGUGUCCGUGGAUUCCUGAAUGACGGUACUAUCGACUACAAAAGCCACAACAGCCCAGAUACCUUAGCCUUUGGCCACUGCGACUACUCUUACCGUAACCUAGGCCGUCCAUCCAUUGUCAAGCUUAAGCACACCAGCUCCAUCUUUGAAGUCACCAUUGACGACAAGCUUUGCUUCUCAACCAACAAGGUUGCCCUGCCUGCUGGAAACACCUUUGGCAUUACAGCAGCCACUCCUGAAAAUCCAGACUCAUUCGAGGUCUUCAAGUUCAUCCUCGAGUCCGCCACAAGCCAAGGCUCAACAAUCCCCUCCAACCAAGACAGCACCCCCCAGCAGCCAGCUCGCAACCAAGACCCUGAUCAACCCGCUCAACCUAUCAAGCCCGCCACAGAAGUCACGAUGAACGGCUUGGCUGCCCAGAUCGCCGACCUCAGCGGUCGCAUUCAGCUCUCUGGAAAGGCCACCAAUACUAUCCUCCAGGAGCUGAAGAAUCAAGCCCUGAAGGCCGAUCAGCGCCACGAAGAGCUUAUUCAGAAGUCCCUCGCCCAGGACCGCCAGCUCGCCCAGUUUGAUACCCGGCUCACGCGCGUUGAGCAGCUGCUCCAGGCUGUCCAGACCGAGAUCAAGAACAAGGACUACAAUGGACGCUUCAACCAGCUCCACGAAACGCUGCGCUCCUCCCACCUUAGCCUGAGUGAGAACCUGCAGGGUCACCUGCUUAGUGUCAUUACUGCCUCUAGCCCGCGCAUGGGAUUCUUCAUCUUCUUGCUGAUCGUGUCCCAGGUGGUUCUCGUGAUUUUCUACGUCAUUUACAAGCGUCGCCGGGCCAACAUGCCCAAGAAAUUCCUUUGA